AGUCGUUCAAGGUCGUUGUGACGAAAAGGCGGGCGGGUGGGUCUGGAAGCACCUUUGUUAUAGUAACGGUAUUAACUUCCAGUUUCGAAUACCAGGUUGUCCUAAUACGAUCCCUGUGUUAUUUCUGAUUGUCGUCGGUUGUUUCAUUAAUAAAUGUGAAUGCAUUCCUUGUGCUUACUGAGUUCUCGGCCCAUAUUUUCUCUUGUUAAUUUGGAAAAGAAUAUAUAUUAUUCUCUAGAUUAACAUACUGCUCUUCACACUACCCCGGGAAAAUUCGAAUUUUCCCCGAAAUUUGGUGAUCGGGUUUGUACCGUUCCUUUCGGCAACACACCAGCCACAUAACGGCAUCGAUCAUUGUCAUCUUGUACGAACAGAGCUCUUGUUGUACACCAAAACAUUCAGCUUUAUGAAAGCAUCGUGAAUCGGUCAACAGACUUCCCACUCGAAAACAUAUUUAUUGGAAACUAAAUACGCCCACACACUCCUCUACAUUUUUGGUCAGGCUUUAUUCUCACGGAACUGAACUUAAAAAUUGAAAUGUAUGUGUUAUUAGGUCGAUCACCUUCCCUUAUUUUAAAAACCAUCCGAUUGAGUAGAAUAUUCAGCACAAGUUGUAAACUGACCUCCAAUGUGUACUAUACCAAAAAACACGAGUGGAUCAAGGUCAGUGGUGAUGUUGGAAUUGUAGGAAUUUCUAAAUAUGCUGAACAGAAACUGGGUGAUAUAGUGUACGUUGAGUUACCUACUAUUGGAGACAAGAUCAAUGUUAAUGACCAAUGUGCCGUUGUCGAAUCAGUCAAAGCUGUUAGCGAAGUAUACUCUCCAGUGUCAGGUACCAUAAUUGAAGUCAAUCCAGAUGUUGAAAAAAAUACAAAAAUAAUCAAUCAGUCCCCUUUAGAUGAAGGCUGGCUUUUCAAGCUUCGACUUUCAGACUUAUCACAAAUCAAAGACCUUUUAUCUGAAGAAAAUUAUGAUGAAUUUUUGACCUCUGAAUCUUGAUGCUGUAACAUAUUCUUCAGUUCGUUUCUUUAGGCAUUACAAACCCCCACCAUUCUUAUUUUGAACAAUUAAACGUUAUUUAGCGUAUGAUUGGGUUGCUAAAUUCUUCGAGACCACCUCAGCACAUUUUAAUCUUAGUCUUAUAUAUUUUUACUUGUGAAUAGCUUCUAUUUAUAGGACAUAAACGUCUGAGUACAUAAUGGCAGAGUCAUAAUAUUUGUAGGAAGAGGAAAGAAUCGUACAGCCUGUAAAUAAACAGACACCCAUGAAAUUUCAUUAAAGGUAAAGUUCGGUAGAAAUACAGUCUAGAAAGUUCUCCACUUAAGGAAACCCAUCUCACUUUUAUGAACAAUGUAGCUAGAAACUACAGUGUGAUUUUUGGCCCGUGUAUAAUGCCUCAACAUACUUAGUUUCAG